CCCUCUUGCCUCCUCCCUGUCCCCCCGCCGGACUUUUCCCUCCUCCGAGGAUGAGGCGGCCGACGCGGCGGCUGGCGCUGUCUCUGAUGGGGGUGCUCUGGCUCGCCGCCCUCCUCCUCUUCUUCUUCGGGGCGCGGAGGAAGUUGGAGGCGACGGAGCCCGAGGGACACACGCCGGAGGAAUCGGAUGUGGACUGGGACGACCUUUGGGAUCAGUUUGAAGAGCGGAGGUACCUGAGUGCCCGGAGGUGGAAGGGCGGCGAGGACCCGUACCGGCUCCAUGCCUUUAACCAGCGGGAGAGCGAGAGGAUCCCCAGUGACCGUGCUGUCCGUGACACCCGACAUCACAGGUGUACAACUUUGCACUAUGGCCAGGACCUCCCACCAACCAGUGUCAUCAUCACCUUCCACAACGAGGCCAGGUCAACCCUGCUAAGGACAAUUCGGAGCGUGCUGAACCGCACCCCAGUGCACCUCGUCCAUGAAAUCAUACUAGUGGAUGACUACAGUGAUGAUCCUGAUGACUGCCGCUUGUUGGGACAGCUCCCCAAGGUGAAGUGCUUGCGGAAUGGACGACGAGAAGGUCUGAUCCGGUCCCGAAUCCGAGGGGCAGAUGUGGCAAAAGCAGGUGUCCUGACCUUUCUGGACAGUCACUGUGAGGUGAAUAAGGACUGGCUGCUCCCUCUGCUGCAGAGGAUCAAAGAGGAUCCCACCCGAGUGGUCAGCCCCGUUAUUGACAUCAUCAACCUGGACACUUUUGCUUAUGUGGCGGCUUCCUCAGACCUCAGAGGAGGUUUCGACUGGAGUUUGCAUUUCAAAUGGGAGCAGCUUUCCCCGGAGCAGAAAGCCAAAAGACUUGAUCCCACCGAACCCAUUAAGACACCCAUCAUUGCUGGAGGGCUGUUUGUGAUUGACAAAGCCUGGUUCAACCACCUGGGGAAAUAUGACAGUGCCAUGGACAUCUGGGGUGGGGAGAACUUCGAAAUCUCCUUCCGUGUGUGGAUGUGCGGAGGGAGCCUGGAAAUCAUCCCCUGCAGCCGUGUUGGGCAUGUCUUCCGGAAGAAACAUCCAUACGUCUUUCCAGAGGGAAAUGCCAAUACAUACAUUAAAAACACCAAGCGCACUGCGGAGGUGUGGAUGGAUGAGUUCAAGCAGUACUACUACGCAGCUCGUCCCGCAGCCCAGGGGAGGCCUUAUGGAAAUGUCCAGAGCAGAGUGGAGCUGCGGAAGAAGUUGAAAUGCCACAGCUUCAAGUGGUACCUGGAAAAUGUUUAUCCCGAACUUCGGAUUCCCGAGGAGUCGCUCUAUCAGACUGGGAUGAUCAGGCAAAGACAGAGCUGCCUGGAGUCACACAAGUCUGAAGACCAAGAGCUCCCCAUCCUGAGCUUAAAUCCUUGUAACAGCAGCAAGGGUACAGUACCAAAGGCACAGGAAUGGACAUACACGUACAACCACCAAGUCCGCCAGCAGCAGCUGUGUUUGUCUGUGUACACGCUCUUCCCUGGUUCCCAGGUGCUGCUGUCACCUUGUAAAGAAGGUGACAACAAGCAGCGAUGGGGUAAAGUUGGGUCACACAUUGAACACAUAGCCUCACGCUUCUGUUUGGACACUGAGACGAUUGGGGACACGAAUGAAAGUAUUAAAGAGCUUGUCAUCAACCCUUGUGAGAGCAUAGCCAUGAGUCAGCGCUGGGACAUGGUGAUGUCUUGACUUGCUGGAGGAGGUGCACGGCAGGGACGGGCACUGAGACGUUGCUACACGCAGCCAAGAUGCACCAGCUGGAGCUCAAAUGCAAAACCACUGGGGGUCCUUGUGUGCUGUGGGGCAGAAGAAGAAUCGUUCAAAUAAAAAUGGGACACAGCAGUCCAAGUUGAACAACGCAUUUUGACUCUAAGGCAUGCAGCUGGUAUUGGCCUGUUGGCAGUCAUGCAUUUAGAGAGAAGGGAUGGCAAAAAACCAAGCUUGAAAUGUUUUAAAGGGAUGCUGGGGCUCCUGCUAUGGGCUAUAUAGAACUUCAGUGUGCACAGUAUUGGUUAUCCACCUGAAAAUGCAGGUAGAAGAGCCUUGAAGACCAAAAGGAAAAUUGGACUGAGCAAAGCAAGCAUCUCAAUAGCUUUUGAGGGUUGAGGUGGGUGCACAAGGUGGGAUGUGCCAAGGGAUGCCAAGAAACCUCUCCAGGGAUCAAGUGGAAAACACUGAAUUAUCUUUGCACUUUUUACUGCUGUGGAUGUUUUUGUCUCUGCAGACAGCAUGGGUGGAGGGAGCCGUGUUGCACGUUUGAAUUUGUACCUAAUCCACGUACAUGUUGUGUAUACAGAGGCAGAGCAGUCAUUUAUGUCUGUGGCCAGGAUCAAAACAGCAGGUAGUGGGGGAAUCCUGCUUUGUGCUAACUGCAUAUGGGGCUUGUUGAAUCUCCAAAGCCCAAGCAAACAGAGGAUUCAGUGUGUGAGAUUAAAGGAUAUAAACUGCUGUGAAGCUGGGAGGAAACGCAGUAACAUGAUUAUUUCUUCUCUCUGGAGGCCAUGGGUCGCUGAAAACUCCCCUAUAAUCUCUCUGUGUCUCUCUCACUGCUUCAGAUCUGGACUAAAUCAAAUUUUCACUUUUAUUCCAUAAAAGUAAUAUUUUUGGUAAUUGAA